GAAAGGUAUGGCAGGUUUGAUGGAGUUUUUUUUUUUGGGGGGAAUUUUGGGGUCAAGGCCCAUAAAAAUCACUAAAAUAAGAAGGGAAUUACAAGUAAGAAAAAGUCACAAGAAAAAGCACCCCAACAUAAGCAAAAAAACAAAAACUUAUGUGAGGAAAAGGGAAAAAAAAAAAAUCCCAACUAUACCACCCAAUUACAAUUAAAAACCCAAAAAGAGCUCAAAGAGAAUACAUGGUAGUAAGCAUAUGACCAAAAUGAAGCCAAAAAUCAGCAGUCCACAAUCCAGAACACGCAGUAGAUGACGAACCAGCUGGCAACAGCAAAGAUGAACACCUGUAGAAAGCAGAAUAGAAAGAACAGCUCCCUUGGCUUGGUGCCUGGACUCAGAGAGAAAAACAGUGGAUCGAGGGACAUUUCCCUGGUUGCCCGAAGACCAUCCAAGGGAGAUACAAGGGAGCUUCAUCAUCGUCCAGGCACAGCCUUGUAUCAUACCCGAGGGGCAGAAAGUCUUAGAGACAGAAGAGAAAUGCCAAAGAGUCCACCAAAAGAUAUUUCCAGAAUUUCCAAAACAACUAUCCACAACAAAACUACUCCAGCCAAAAGAAAUACAGCUGCAGGUGAAAAAAAACUCAAACAGAGAGGCCAACCAGAUGAGGCUCAUUCUAGCCCAGGAGAAAUGAUAUUUCUAUGAAGUUCCAUGUGUUCUGUCAGAGUUAGAAUUUUUUUUUUUUGGGUGUAGAGGGUUAGAAUUAAGUCCAAACGAAAUUAACCUUUUACCAUGCAUGUUUGUCUUUAUUAUCUGUCAGCCUAGUGUAAUUAUGCAUCCAUCUGUUUUGAUAUGUAUUUGGCUUUCGUAUGCAAGCUGCUGUUACCAGGUAAAUCUAAACAAACCAACUUUGGGGUUUAUGAAUGCUUUGUUUUCUGCAUGAUCUCAUGAAAUAAUAGAAAUAUGCCGGCUCUAUCUUCUCUCUAUCAUAUUCAUCAUCAUCAUUAGCGUUAUCUAUCCUAACUAUUUAGGGUAAUUGGAUGAGAUUCAAAAAACAUAAGAACACUGCAUGCACAGAUCAAAGUUCGUAGCCGCAAACUUAAGAUGAGAUAAAAUUUAGACUUCAUUUGUAACAGCUUUCUUAUUAUUUU